AUGGACGCUUCUGAUGACGACGACGAUGAAUUAUUUGAUUUUUAUGAUGAAUUUGACGGUGGUGAUGAAGACGACGUUGAGGAGAUGUUUCUUCCGGUUGGGAAUAUGAAUAAGUGGCAUGAGAACAAGCCACGUUGGUUCAGUGAAGGGAAAGUAUAUGAUACUUCUAUUGAAGUAGCUGAAGCUGUUCCAAGUGGAAUUCGUGUGAGGGUGGUUAACCUUCCCAAGAAAAAGAACAUUCACCGGGAUUUGAAAGCUGCUUUCGAUGGGUUUUCUGGAAUAGCUAAUAUAUCUUCAGCUGUUUCUGGGGACAAGAAGACUAAAGACCCUGUUUGCAGAGGUUUUGCCUUUGUUCAUUUCAAGCGUGAGGAUGAUGAGUUUGGUAGAGUGGAACUAGGAGACGGUAGAGACAAUCUUAAUGUUAUUAGUGAAUCGGAGCAAAGUAGUGGUAAUGACAUGGAACCGAAGUUUAAGCAUGUAGCAGAUUCAAUUUCCUCAAACCGGCUAGAAAGAACUAGGGCUCUUGAGAAAAAGCUACUUGCUAGAGAAGAACAGCUAAGAGUUCCAAAAGAGCAAAAGGGUCAAAAGCUAGAAAGAAUUAGGUUUAUCGAGAGAAAGGUACGUGCUAAAGGAAACCAGCAAAAAGUUCCAAAAGAGCAAAAGGUUCAAAAGCUUGACAUUCCAGGAUCUGCAAAGAGUUAG